AUGCCCCUUCCCUGCCAGCAGAGCCCGGUGCUGGCAGGCAGCGCCACUCUGGCCGCCCUGGGGGCACUGGUCCUGUACCUGGCGAAGCCCUCCGGCUACGGGAAGUACUCGGAGAGCCUACUGCCCACCGCUACCCGCCUGCCCGCCCGCGCCGCCUGGUUCCUGCAGGAGCUGCCCUCCUUCGCGGUGCCCGCGGGGUUCCUCGCCCGGCAGCCGCGCUCGCUCUUCGGCCAGCCUGCGACGGUGCUCCUGGGCCUCUUCUGCGCACAUUACUUCCACAGGACAUUUGUUUACUCAUUGCUUACUAGAGGGAGGCCUUUCCCAGUUGCAUUCCUUGUCAGAGGGUUUAUCUUCUGCACGGGAAAUGGACUUCUCCAAGGCUACUACCUGAUUUACUGUGCUGAAUACCCAGCUGAGUGGUACACAGACGGACGGUUUCGCCUGGGUGUCUUCUUAUUUAUUUUGGGAAUGGGAGUCAACAUUCAUAGUGACUAUAUAUUGCGCCAGCUCAGGAAGCCCGGAGAAGUCAUCUAUAGGAUUCCACAAGGUGGCUUGUUUAAGUAUGUUUCUGGAGCCAAUUUCCUCGGUGAGAUCACUGAAUGGAUCGGCUAUGCCCUGGCCAGUUGGUCCCUCCCAGCGCUUGGAUUUGCAUUUUUCUCACUUUGUUUCCUGGGGCUUCGAGCUUUUCACCAUCACAGGUUCUACCUCAAGAUGUUUGAGGACUAUCCUAAAUCUCGGAAGGCCCUCAUUCCAUUUAUCUUCUAAAGAAACCAGAUAAAAAAGAAGCUAAAAGCUCCCACAUGACUUUUGAACACCAUCAAGCUGCUGAGCUUGUAACUUGGAAAGUUCCAGUGUGUAUAUAAACCAGGAGGCCUCUUGUGUUCUGACAGCCGGCCUGGAGAUCCUGUGGGGUGGCUACUCCGUGUGUCUCUGUGUGUCUUUCCAGGGUCUCUUUCCUGAUCUCCUGUUGAAGCUUUGACAAGGCUCUUCUCUGCAUGGAGACAUCUAUCUGCUCUUUAUCCAGUCCUCCUAGAAAGUGCGAAACUUCCCAAUGUCUUUCCUUCUUUGGGUGAUCUAAGUAUGUGUGGCUCUCUGUCAGUGCAAGACAGCCCUGUAGCCAAGACAGUUUUCAGUUGAGGGCAGUGCUUGUAGAAUGUAUUAAAGGUACAUAUUUUACACCUAUACAAAUGAGCAAUAUUGAAAUUCUGGAGCUGCAUGAACCCUGAGCAAAUCUCCCAAAUGAAAACCCAGGCAUGCUUUCCUCUCCCUCAGUUAAUUAUGAAGGAUGUGAAGUGAUGACAUGGGCUUUUAAUAGAAGAGCCCUCUCUUCAUAUGGCCGAAGGUGGAGGCAUUGACCCCAUUUCAAAUUUGUGCGUGGUCUCGCACCUUUGUCCUCCUGAAGUUUCCCAGAUCCCUGUCAGAGAUAUCUCAGAAAACUGGUUUGGGUUUGUUGAAUGUCAGGUUUUCUUGACCACAGAGGGAGAGACAUGACUCUGGUUGGCUAGUGAGAGAGUGAAAAAGCCUUUUACGGUAGACACUGCCCAUUCCAAUAUUCUCAGAAACCUGUGGAAAUACCCAAAUGAUGAGAGAGUGUCAAAAAAGGAAAAUGACUGAGCAAGAUCAUACGUUGUUGCUUGCCUGGACAGGACAUUUGCAGUGACAUGGAAGCAUUCCAGAAGUGCUUGGCAAUUUUCUGCAAUUUCUUCACGGCAGUCUUCAGGAUCUGCUGAGAAAUGUAUUUCCCAGCGGCAGCCUGAACAUGGGUCCUCCAAGUCCCUGAGCGCACAGGCAGGGCAGAAAACAUCUUUUGUUCGGCUCAGACAAGGAUUCACACACAGUUUGACUUUCUCUGUUUUUUGUUUUUUUCUUUAAACAUUGAAAGUUUUCAAAAUUUCAAAGUUAGAUCUUGCAUUCCAGUUUCCCUUAAAGCAUUGGAGGCUGUGGGCCCAUGGAACCCCCUAAGAAUGUGGACUGAUCAGCUAGUAUGUAUUAGAAUUUGCAGCCUUGGUGGACGGGUCACCCUAGACUGGGUGCUCAGAUGCUGGGCUCUCUAAGGGAGGGACUAAAGACUCAGAAUCAGAAUGUAGGAAACUAUUUGUCCUCUCGGAUCUAGGUGUGUGGCAAGCGUUGGAAAUGUUUAGCAAGCCCUUUUGGGAAAGGUACACCAAUUUGGU